UCAAUUCUUUCUAUAUAUCCCAGAUCAAACAACCUUAGCCCCUUAGACCUUUGUCUCUGCUUUUUCCAAGAAGAGAAGUAAAAUAUACCUACGAAGAGAGUUGCACCAAGAAACAGAGAUGGGUAGACCACCUUGUUGUGAUAAAACAGGGGUGAAGAAAGGACCAUGGACUCCUGAAGAAGAUAUUAUGCUAGUCUCUUUUGUUCAAGAACACGGUCCAGGGAAUUGGAGGACUGUUCCCACUCAUACAGGGUUGCGUAGAUGUAGCAAGAGCUGCAGGCUAAGGUGGACUAACUAUCUCAGACCAGGAAUCAAGAGAGGUAGCUUCUCUGAUCAAGAUGAGAAGAUGAUUAUCCAGCUUCAGGCUCUUUUAGGCAACAAAUGGGCAGCCAUAGCUUCAUAUCUCCCAGAGAGAACAGAUAACGACAUUAAAAAUUACUGGAAUACUCAUUUAAAGAAGAAACUGAAGAAGCUUGAAACAAGUGAUUUAUACUCAAAUGAUGGACAUUGUUUAUCAACAUAUAAUUCAACUUCCAGAGGCCAAUGGGAAAGGACACUUCAAGCUGAUAUUAACACAGCCAAACAAGCUUUACAAAAUGCACUGUCACUCGAUAAAUCAAGCCCAGUUCCUGACUAUACAAUUACUGAUAUUGGAUGUUACCCAUACAUCAAACAAGAAGCAAAAAUGUCUACUACUACUUACGCAUCAAAUGCUGAAAACAUAGCCAAAUUACUCAAACAAUGGACCAGAAGCGAUUCCACAUAUAAUUCCGAGCAAUCAAAGGCUUCGUCAAGUACUCAAUAUUCUUGUAAUACUAAUAAUAAUGCCAUGACUGAAUAUUCGUCUUCAUUUGAACCGUCGAAUUCAGAUCAAUUUUCUCAAGCUACGACACCUGAAGCUGCUGGUAAGUUUCAUGGUGAAAGCAAAAGAGAAAUAGAUGAUGAAAUUCAAUUGUCAGUAAUGCUGGAGAGUUGGCUGUUUGAUGAAAAUGACGAUUUAUUAAUUUAGAAGGAUUUGUUUUUGCUUUUCUA